CCCGGCCCCUAUUAAAGGCAGACGUCAUGUUGUUCCACCACAAACAACCAGGGUCGUCCUUGAUCGUCCGAGAGGCAGAGCCCUCCGUAUCUCGGUCCACGUGCCUUGUUCCUCCUCUCCCGCCCCUUUUCGCUUAGGAUCUCCGAAACCCUAAUCGAUCCAGCCAUGGGCGCCGAGGGAGUGAUGGAUGGGCACUUCGUCUUCACCUACGGUACGCUCAAGCGCGGCUUCUCCAACCACAGCCUCAUCCAGGAGCUGGUCUGCGCCGGCGACGCCUCGUUCGUCGGCGAGGCCCGCACGACCUGCCGCCUCCCGCUCGUCUGCGGCCCCUACCGCGUGCCCUUCCUCCUCAACUUUCCCGGGGCCGGCGAGCACGUCGCGGGCGAGCUCUACGCCGUCUCGCCGCGCGGGAUCGCCCGGAUGGACGAGCUCGAGGGCACCCGCCGCGGCCACUACGAGCGCCUCCCGAUCUCCGUCGCCCUCCUUGGCCAUCCUGUAAGCCCCAAAGUGGAAGUGGCCGCGGAGGCGUACUACGCGCACCCGAGCUACGCCGGCGAGCUGUGGCGGCGCAGCGAGGAGAGGGGAUACGCCGGUUACUCGGAGAAGGAGGCGAUGGGGUACGUGAAGCGGAAGGAUCGCCCCCAAGACAUCACCUUCCUCGAGCAGAUCCGGCUCUUCGUCUCCUCGCCCUCCCCCCAGACUCAGACUUAGAUCUGAACGCGUACGGUCUUUCUCCUCCUCCUCCUCCCUCAUUAAACUCGUGCUUUUGUCGUGUUUGCGUUCCCCUUUCCCGAUCGGCGGCUGCCGAGAUUGGUGCCUCUUUUUUCGUGAUGGCAAUCACCAAUCCGUGGAGCGUAAUUGUUCUGUAAACUACCCCCUUUCUUAUUACGUAAAGCAAUUUGCUUUCCUGUGAUUC